AUGGCAGACACUACCACCACCCCCGAGGGCCUGCGCCGUAACUCGGAUCCCGCUCUCGAUCCCGCCAACCAGCAUCGCCACGAGCAUCAUAACCACUCGCCGCGCGUUGAUGCCGAUGGCCACGACGAUGCCGUCUACACCACCGGAACCACCACCGAUCCCACCGCCGUGCCUCCCCAGAGCCAUCUCCACAAGCACGACCUCUCCGACGGCGCUCACGCCGCCCACACUCCCCCCGACUACAGCGACCACGAGAAAAUGGAGCCCGGCCUCAUCUCCACGACCGACGACCAUGGCUCGCAAACCCGUGGUGGAAAGCUGGCUCCGCUGUACCGUCACCGCCGCGUCUUGAUCCACCUGUUCAUCGGCAUGCUCUUCACCGGCUGGUGGAUCGCCUCUCUGGUCCUCCACCACGACGACAGGAACUGGGUCGUCCCUUUCCUGGUGUGGCUCUGCAUCAUGUUGCGCCUCUUCUUCUUCUACGUCUCGAGCCGCCACGUCUCCAACCCCAUUCGCUGGGUCUGGCACCACUCCGCCGUCGUCGUUUACGACAAGAUCCCCCCCAAGAUGCGAACUCCCGCCGGCGCUGCCGUCACCAUUGGUGCCAUCCUUAUUGGUUCUUUCGUCUCUGAGGAGAAGGAGGACAACACCCGCGAGAACCGUGCCAUCAGUCUCUUCGGUAUGUUGGUCUUCAUCGCUUUCCUCUGGGCCACUAGCAGGGAUCGCAGCAAGAUCAACUGGCGCACUGUUAUUGGCGGCAUGCUGGCCCAGUACAUCAUCGGCAUCUUCGUCCUGCGCACUGGUGUCGGAUACGACAUCUUCCGCUUCAUUGCCGACCGCGCCGCCGACCUCCUGGGCUUCGCCAAAGACGGUGUUACCUUCUUGACCAACGCAGAAACCGCCAACCAGGGCAUGUUCUUCUUCGGUGUCAUCCCGGCCAUCAUCUUCUUCAUCUCCAUCGUCCAGGUCCUGUACUACUUUAACUUCCUGCAGUGGUUCAUUGUCAAGUUUGCCAUGUUCGUCUUCUGGGCUCUUGGAGUCUCUGGUGCCGAAGCUGUCGUCGCUGCUGCCACCCCUUUCAUCGGCCAGGGUGAAUCUGCCAUGCUGGUCCGGCCCUUCGUCCCUCACAUGACCAAGGCCGAGAUCCACCAGAUCAUGACCUGUGGUUUCGCCACCAUUUCCGGUUCCGUCCUCGUCGGUUACAUUGGUCUUGGUCUGAACCGCGAGGCUCUGGUCUCCUCCUGCAUCAUGUCCAUCCCCGCCUCCCUGGCCAUCUCCAAGCUGCGAUACCCCGAGACCGAGGAGACUCUUACCGCUGGCCGCGUCGUCAUCCCCGAUGACGACGAGCACAAGGCUGAGAACGCUCUGCACGCUUUUGCCAACGGUGCCUGGCUGGGAAUCAAGAUUGCCGGAACCAUCAUUGCCUCGCUGCUCUGCAUCAUCGCCUUUGUCGGUCUCAUCAACGGCCUCCUCACCUGGUGGGGCAGGUAUCUCGACAUCAACAGCCCCAAGUUGACCCUGCAGACCAUCCUGGGCUACAUCCUGUACCCUGUCGCCUUCUUGCUCGGAGUUCCCCGCGAAAACGGCGACAUCCUCAAGGUCGCCAAGCUCAUUGCCGAGAAGAUUAUCACCAACGAGUACAACGCCUUUGCCGCCCUCACCGAUUCCAAGGGUGAUUACACCACGCUCUCCCCUCGCUCUCGACUCAUUGCCACCUAUGCCCUUUGCGGCUUCGGCAACAUCGGUUCUCUGGGUAUCCAGAUCGGUAUUCUCGGCCAGCUUGCUCCCUCGCGUGGUGGUGAUGUCUCCAGCCUGGCUUUGUCUGCCCUUGCGUCUGGCGUCUUGGCCACUCUUACCUCUGCCAGUGUUGCCGGUCUCGUCGUCACGGAUCAGUUGACGUCUUUCGCCCCCUCUGCUUAG